GUUCCAGUGUAUAAUUGUCCUUAUUUUUAACCUAUUCGACCUAUCUUCAUUUGCCACCGUAGUAGGAUUAGGUGAUAAGAUUACUAAGCAGUUGUUCAAAGUGAUAAGUAUGCUUCUUUGAUAAGAAACACCUUCCUGAGUUCGCGAAUCCUAAAUCAGUGGACAAAUAUCAUUUUAUCAGACAAGUUGUAUAUUCUCUGCUAGUGCAGGCCAGCACAGGUGUCUGUACGAGAUGAGCAAAAUGCUAAACGAAAUCUGUGAUAUGCUGGAUGGAUACACCGGCAGGGAUAAGAUAAUUCGCACACUAUGUUACACUACCAAGCUGGCGUCUGGACUUUACGCUCAAUCGGAUCCCAAAAGGUCGAAAAAACUGGCUAUAUUUAGUUCGAAGAUGUCCCAAACACGUGCUACGCUGCGUCUAUUUGACGAUUUGCCUAUGCUGGCGUACAGUCUGAGCUACGGGUACGGCAGCAAAGAACCGGACCGCUGGAUGGGGUUGAUUGGCUUCGUCACCAAUUUGAUCGAUCAUGCAUACUAUCCAGUGGACAAGAUCUGUUGGCUGAUCGAGCACAAUCUGCUGAAUGUUGAGAACCCUACUCGUUGGGACACGAUCAAUUCACUGCUUUGGGUUGCAUCGAUUUAUCUUAAUCUGAUGAAAACCAUCCGGAGCUUCACUGUGAUGGAACAGCAUAAAUCAUGCAUCGACAAACAGGAAAACGAAAGCAGCCAAGCGUUCCGUAUGUUGCUGAUUAAGCAGCGCAUGGAGGCCAUAUCGAUAUUGCGGUUGUCCCUGGAUUUGAUCCAUGCCGGCAGCACACUGCCGAAGGGCAUGCUUUGGGGUGGUCGUUUCCAGACUUGGCACGUAGGACUGAUUGGAAGCAUUUCGUCACUGCUGGGUCUCUACCAAUACGUCGCUAAGAAGCGAAUCGUUAAGCAGAGUUCCUAGUGCAAUACAAAAUCGUACGCCCACUUAUUCGACUCAAUUGCAAAUUUCCGCAGCACAAUAGUUAGCAUAUAUUUUGGUUUAUUUGCAUAAAUAAAUCGGGUUGCUCGCGAGAUUUACUCUAGAAGUAAAUUCUAUCGAAAAGCGAUUAGAGAGUAGCCCCAUUACUCUAUUUGGUUGAUCACGGAUCAUUUAGCUUAGCAUAUAACGCGCCGUUCGAGAUGCAGUUCGCACACGGGUCAAUUGAAAGUUGAUAUUCGUUACGAUUUGUUGUAUUCUUUCCUAUGUUAAAUGGUUUUUGUAAAAAAAAUGUCACAAAAUCAUCUAGUCAAUAAUUUGACAUGUAAAUAAAUUGUUUCUGAAGUAAAUGUGAUAAACGUCACACAA